AUGUAAUUUAAAAUCUUUUGCAAUUAAUUUCAAGAGUAUGUCUCGUUCGAACAUAAUCCUAAUACGGUUUUGAAAUAAUACAUUGAUAAAGUUACUUAACUUUAUUAAUGUAUUGAUGCUGCUAUGCCAAUUGUUGUAAUAAAUGGAAAUAAAGUAAAUAGUAAUCUGACAUUAGAAGAAUUAGAAAUAGGACUGGAUUGUUAAAUAAAUUUAUUUUUUCAAUAUUUUGAAGACAUCUAAUUUUGUUUGAAAGAUGAUGUAAAAUAAACUAAGAAAAUCAACCUGAAUAUAUAUUAGAGCAUAUAAAGAGUAGAACUUUUAUUAGCUAAAUAAUUAAGAAUUGAUUAUGAAGUGGAAAUUAUUUAAUAAGAAUAAAAUUUACCUAAGAAUAAAUCUUUUUCAUUGCUUAAAAAAAAUGAAUAUCAUCUAUUCUAAAUUAAAGCUAAUUUAUUUAUAGAAAUUAAUAAUCAAUAGAUGUUGUUGAAUUUUUAUGUUUUUGAUAGAAUAUUGUUUAUAAAAUAGAUAAUAAGGAAAUUAUUCAAUAUUAAAGGAUGUUUUUAAAUAUUUUAUAAUGAUCAUAUUCAAUUAGAUCAAUAAGAAAAUUUAAAUGAAACAAUAUUUUCUUUAUAAAUUCAAAAUAAUUCAAUUCUAAAAAUAAAUGUUUAACAAUAUAUAACAAUCAAUUGUAAGUUUAAUAACUUUAAUGGGAGUUAUAAGGUGUAAAUAAAUCAAAAUUUGGAAGCUGUUAUAAAUCAAUUAAAGAAGAAUCAUAAAUUUGAUGUAAAUUCUAUUACAGAAAUUAAAUGUAAUGGAUAGUUAAUACCAAUUGAGAAUUUAGAAAAAGAAAAACAAUUUAUAAUGGAAUAAAUAAUAGAAGUAAAAGAAGAAAAAGUACCUGAUUAGAUUCUUAUAACAAUUAUUGACUACUUUAAUUUGACUAGGAGAAAAUUCAGAAGUUUUAAUGAGAAAUAAAAAUUGUUAGAAUUAUUGAAUGCGAUUGGUAAAAAAGAUGAUAUUUAAAAUUAUGAAUUUAUUUGUAAUGGUAAGAAUAUUGAAAUAAAUUCAUAUACAUUUAAUUAAGCUGGUUUUGUUUAGAAUUAAAAUUACUUUGUAUAUUAUAAAUUUAUUAAUAAAGAUCUUUUAAACUAAAGCUUAAAAUUAAAAUAAUAAUAAGUUUAGGAUAGUUAAAUAUUAUUUAUGAUAUAAAGUAAGAGUAUUUAAUCAAGUCAAAUAAUUUAGAAGAAACCUUAGAAUUUAAUAAUUGUAUUAAAUGAUUAAUCAUAGAAUCUUAAGAAAAAAGUUGAAGUGAAAUUAAAUUAGAUUCUUAAAAUUAUAGCAUAAUCAUAAUUAAAGAGUAAAUUAAACUUAGAUUAAAUAAGUUUUUAUUUAGGAAAUAGAAAAUUAGAUUCGAAUAAAACAUUUUAAGAACUUAAUAUCAUGAAUAAUGAUGAGAUUGAGAUUAUUUAAAAUAAAAAUACUCCUCUAUAUAAUUCUGGAUAUUUUUCAGAAAAAUCAUUGAUAUCUGAAUCUUAAAAGUAUAAAUCUGAUUCCUUUUUUAUAAGUCAAAAUAAUAUUAAUGAAAUAGAAUCAGGAAAAAUGUAAAUCAGAUUCUGUAAAAAUCAAGGUGAAGAAUUAAAUUUAUAUGUAGAUGAAAAUGAUAUUAUAUCCCAAAUUCAAAUUUAUAAAGAUAUUUAGGCUUAAUAAGAAAUUAUCUUAAAAUUUAAAGGGGUUUUAAUAGAUGUAAAUAAAAGUUUUAAAGAAUUAGGAAUUAUUGACAGAAGUUCUAUUGAUGUAAUAUAUAUAUCUGAUAAUUAAAUUAAAACAAUUUAAAAAAAAGAAAAAUAUCAAAAUAAAAAGGAUGAAAAUAUUAUAUAAAUGACUUAAUAUGAUGUAAAUAAAAGAAUCUAUUUUUAAUUUUGGAAAGAUGGUAUUCUUAGAAAGGAAUGUAAAACAUAUAAUUAAGAAACAAUCAGAUUUUAAUUAAUAAAAUAGGCCCUUAUAUCUGAAUAUUAAUUAUUAAAUAAUCUUAAUAUUAUGUAUUAAGGUUAAAAUGUUGAUUUGAAUUCUAAUAUCUCAAGAAUAGUUAAAGAGAAUGAUUGUCUAUUUACUUUAGAAGAAUAAUAGAAAAUAGAUAAAUAAAAACAAAUAACUUUAUAAAUCGUAUUGCCUGAUGGAGAUGAAAAUUGGGAAAUUUAAAUUGAUUAAGAUGAUGAAAUCUCAAGUAUUUAUAAUAAAGGUAAUAAAUUAUUUUUAAUCUUAUAAAGUUUAUGCAAAGUUAGAAUAAAAUAAUUUUACAUUGUUUUAUGAUGGUAAAGUUUUAGAAAGCAAUAAUAAACCAUUUAGAGAACUCUAAGCAAUAGGAGAAUACUAAGUUGAAGUAAUUCUUUGA